AUGUCCCUAUUGGCUAUCCUGAGCACAGUCUUAGCGCUUUUAGACCAACUUCCGUUUUGCGAUUCGCAAGAGCACGUCACCAAAUAUCAUUCUACGAACUUUGUCCCCUCGCUUGAAGAUGUCCAGUCUAUCCGAGACUUGAUUUCGGAUCGCGAGACGCAGCUCGCCAGUCUGAACAGUGAGAUUUUCCAAGUGGACAACGUCAUGGAGCGUCUGCGGGCGGCACGCACGGUGCUGGUGAAGAGCAGGACGCAUGUGGAGGGUUCGUUGAGAUCGCACAAGACACUCGUCUCUGCCGUCCGCCGGCUCCCAGCCGAAAUCAUGGGCGAGAUAUUCAUACAGUGUCUACCGUGCGAACACUACAUCAGACCACGGGUGGAAGACUGCCCCUUGCUCUUGACUCGGGUCUGCCGCAGCUGGAGGACAAUCGCGUUGUCUGUACCCCAAUUAUGGUGUUCCCUUUCUGUUUCGCUGCAAAAGGCAACGGGGCACUCGUCCUCACCCUACGAAGCGUGGCUCGCGAGGGCUAAGAGCCUUCCCCUAUCCAUCGGUGUUAUCGUGGAUGACAACGAUGCUCUGGCUGGCGUGAUGAAGAGACAUCAGCCGAUGAAUUGGCUGCGGCCCUAUAUUACGCGUUGUAGGGAUCUUUGGGUGGCGACCACAAACGGAAACCCCUUCUGCGAGGUUCUGCAGUGUACCCCGUCCCUGGAGCGCCUGCAACUGACGGGAUGCAGACUUCCCAACGAAGGUUUUGUGAUCUCAGAUACAGCCACCCGUCUGCGCACUCUGUGCCUUCGCUUUGUCGGCCAAGACGUAGAGUCUCUGGCCACCCUCAAUCCCCCCUGGGCCCGCCUAACAGACCUGACAUUGACCUUCUCGAAUCUUAGCGGACAAUCGUUCCUACGCGUCCUGCAGAGCUGUCCCCUGCUCGAGCGACUCUCUCUCUCGCUGGUUUCUGUCAACGACGCCGACAUCACGCCGAUACGCCAAUCGGGGUGCCUGCACCAUCCCUCGAUACGCCGUAUCGAGAUCAGAGUAUCGAAAGGGUUUGAUAUCCUGCUCGACGGGCUGACGCUUCCCCUGCUGCAAGAGCUCGAGGUCUGUUUCUGUGGCAGAGACUCGGGUGCCUGGCCACACUCGCAAUUCAAGUCUUUCCUCAUCCGAUCGCUGUGCCCGCUAGAGCGCCUCGUCGUUCGCUGCUGGAAAAAGCUCUGUCCCAGCCAUCUGGUGGAAUAUACGGAGAUCUUGCCUUUGUUGCAAGCGCGCAUGUGA